AGCUAGGUUUGCCAAUGGAGGAGCUUAUCCUCCUGAUCUAAGUCUCAUUACCAAAGCUCGUCAUAAUGGCCAGAAUUUUGUGUUUUCUCUUCUAACUGGUUACCGUGAUCCUCCUGCUGGUGUUACGGUAAAUUCUGCACUAUAACCCAUACUUUCCCGGGGGAGCAAUUGCCAUGCCUAAAAUGCUUAUCGAUGGUGCUAUGGAGUACGAAGAUGGCACACCUGCAACUGAAGCUCAGAUGGGGAAAGACGUGGCUACAUUUUUGUCAUGGGCAGCAGAACCGAAAAUGGAAGAAAGGAAGCUGAUGGGUUUUAAAUGGAUAUUCGUAUUGUCGUUGGCAUUGCUUCAAGCUGGUUAUUACCGGCGCCUGAGGUGGUCUGUUCUCAAAUCUCGCAAGCUGAUUGUUGAUGUCGUCAACUAGUCACCCC